AUGCCACCCAGCGAAUGCAUUCUGCACCGAAUAUGUAGGCACGCUGGAUUCAAAGACCCAAUGCCAGACAUAGUGUCACUGCAUAAUUUUGGCAACAAGGAGGAGCUCUAUCUGGAGUUUCUCUCCAUUGUCUCAGACGUUCUCUCACUCGAAGACAUUUAUGUGGACGGCUCUAAGGAGCGAAGGAGCCACACUAGAGAGUUUUCUCCGCAAUAUACUGAGAAGCUCAAGGCGUUCGUCUCCAUAGCCAAGCUGAUGAAAACCUCUGACUUUGACGCCCUGUGCCGAGAGGCGGAAAGGAAAAGUAGUGAAAAGCUAGCCGAGCUUAAUACGUUUCUCUAUCAGCAUAGGAUAGAGCUAGGGAGAGAAAAUCCAGAUACGGACGAAUACUACGUUCUUCGGCAGGGACCACGAAUGGAUAAUGUACUCCGAAAUGAUCCGGUACAGAACAACAUCCUCAUCGAUGCGUACCAGCGUGGGCUCGUUGAUAACAAUAGGGAGAUAUCUGCAGAGCAGGACCAUCGACAAAGUGGCGUCAAUAGAGGUAAGAAUCUCACACAGAGCGCCUUCUACAAAGUGCAUCGAAGCAAUCUGUUCUCUCAAAAAAAUGACAGCGAGAAUAAAUGA